UAUGUCUUGGGGAGGGAGAAACAUCUUUGGCAUUAGGCAAUCGAGGCAUUUACUGGUAGCCUCUUUCUCUCUCGUCAGCCUCGGCUGAAGACGUCGGAUCAUGUCUCAUCGGAAGUUUUCGGCUCCCAGGCACGGCCACCUGGGCUUCCUUCCUCAUAAGAGGAGCCGCCGACAUCGAGGGAGAGUGAAGAGCUGGCCCAAGGAUGAUCCCAGCAAACCAGUCCACCUGACUGCCUUCCUGGGCUACAAGGCUGGCAUGACUCACAUCCUGCGGGAACUUCAUAGACCGGGACUAAAAAUCUCUAAGAGAGAGGAAGUGGAAGCUGUCACCAUAAUUGAGACUCCGCCAUUGGUGAUUGUUGGGCUGGUGGGCUAUAUCGAGACACCGAGAGGGCUGAGAAAUUUCAAGACCAUCUUUGCAGAACAUAUAAGCGAUGAAUGCCGAAGACGCUUCUACAAGAACUGGCACAAGAGCAAAAAGAAGGCGUUCACCAAGUACUGCAAGAAAUGGCAAGACGAGGCUGGGAAGAAGCAGCUGGAGAAGGACUUUGUGUCCAUGAAGAAGUACUGCAAGAUCAUCCGUGUCAUUGUGCACACCCAGUUGAAGCUCCUGCCGAUGCGGCAGAAGAAGGCACAUAUUAUGGAGAUCCAGCUCAACGGGGGCUCUGUGGCAGAGAAAGUAGCCUGGGCUCGUGAGAAGCUGGAGAAGCAGGUGGCCGUGCACAGUGUCUUCAGCCAGAAUGAGAUGAUCGAUGUCAUUGGGGUCACCAAGGGGCACGGGAUGAAAGGGGUGACGAGUCGGUGGCAUACCAAGAAACUUCCAAGGAAGACUCACAAAGGCCUGCGGAAGGUUGCCUGCAUCGGAGCCUGGCAUCCUGCCCGGGUGGGCUAUUCAAUUGCCCGGGCUGGCCAGAAGGGCUACCAUCACCGCACAGAACUCAACAAGAAGAUUUAUCGCAUCGGCCGUGGGGUCCGUGUAGAAGAUGGCAAAGUGGUAAAAAACAACGGGUCCACCAGUUACGACACAACAGAGAAAACCAUCAACCCACUGGGUGGAUUCCCUCAGUAUGGAGAAGUCAACAAUGACUUUGUGAUGUUGAAGGGCUGUGUGGUGGGUACCACAAAGCGGGUGCUGACCCUGAGGAAGUCCCUUCUGGUCCACACGAGCCGAAAAGCUCUGGAGUCCGUUGAGUUGAAAUUCAUCGACACCACGUCCAAGUUUGGCCACGGCCGCUUCCAGACUGCCCAAGAGAAGCGGGCUUUCAUG